AUGCCAAGUUAUGCAAAAUUCUUCAAGCACAUUUUGAGCGAGAAAAAGAAGCUGAACGAAUUUGAGACUGUGGCCCUAACUGAAGGUUGUAGUGCCCUCCUUUCCAACAAAAUUCCCCCUAAACUCAAAGAUCCCGGGAGUUUCACAAUUCCCUGUUCAAUAUGUGGGAAGGAAAUUGGAAAGGCUUUGUGUGAUUUAGGUGCCGGCAUUAACCUCAUGCCCUUGUCAGUGUUCAAUACCUUAGGCAUAGGUGAAGCUAGACCAACCACAAUUACCCUUCAGUUAGCAGAUAAAUCCAUAGCUCACCCAAAAGGAAAAAUUGAGGAUGUAUUAGUCCAAGUAGAUAAAUUCAUUUUUCCUACUGACUUCAUCAUUCUUGAUUUUGAAGCUGAUAAAGAAACACCAAUCAUCUUAGGAAGACCAUUCUUAGCMACUGGUAGGACUUUGAUUGAUGUUCAGAAGGGAGAAUUGACUAUGAGAGUGAAUGAUCAGGAUGUCACCUUUAAUGUUUUCAAAUCCAUGAAAUACCCGGAUGAAAAAGAUGAGUGUUCUAACUUGAGUUUCAUUGAAUCCUUGUGCCACAAAGAAGGAGUUAAAUCUAUGUUAGACUUAAGGAAGACUGAAGUUGUUGAAGAGAUAGAACAUGGAGAGGAAAGUGAGAUAACCCUAUUGCAAGAUACCCUUGUUUUUGAGGUAUUAGAGAGUGAGAGUAAAAAGACCCAUGCCACAUCUAUUGAGUCACCACCAGACUUAGAGUUGAAGUUACUUCCCUCACACCUGAAGUAUGCAUUCCUAGGAAAAGAAGGGAGAUUAUCUGUCAUUAUCUCAUCCACCCUAGAAACACAUCAAGAAGAGCAGUUGGUAGACUUGUUAAAACUACACACCAAGGCUAUUGGAUGA